AUGAAGCUCUUUACGUACGAAGCCUGGGGCGUCCCCUCUGCCGAUUUUUUUGACAUUUCGACGACGUUUGUCACCUCCCACUUCGUCUCUCCUCUCGUUCUCGCAUUAAUCCGCGCGGUUCUCUGCGUAUACACCUUUACGACCAUCAUCGUCUCCUACAGUUGGCUCGCGUCCAACACAGCGACCAUUGGCCUAAAGGACGUCAACAUCGGCUCAUAUGAGAUUCAACAAAGCGAACACGCCAUUGGCCAGUCGUUUAGCUUCUUCACAUUUCUCACAUUCUGGUCCUUGGGGUUCUACUUCCUGGUCUCCAGUCUGCACACCUUCAUGUUUGCUUUCAGGAACCGCACAUGGUUGCACGACUGGCCUAAGAUCCUCCGGCUUAUGCACUCCGUGUACUACUCGUGUGUGACGAGCAUGCCUUUCCUGGUCACGAUUGUGUUCUGGGGAACCAUGAAUAGCGGAUGGCCAGCCGGUCGCUUCGAGCAGUGGAUGAAUCUCUCGGUCCACGGUCUGAAUUCGGUAUUUGCAAUCGUAGAGAUUGUGCUAUCUGCCACAAAGGCGCCGCCAUUUUCUUAUCUGAGCAUUGUCCUGCUGCUAUUGUCAGCAUAUCUUGGUCUGGCAUACCUGACGAGAUACACUCAGGGCUUCUACGUCUACGAGUGGAUGAACCCUGCUCAUGGCAACGUGAGCAUCAUACUACAUGUGCUGGGGUAUGCUGCUGGCAUGAUUACUAUCUUCUUCUUGGUUUCAAGUACCAUCAGACUCAGAAACAUGCUCGCUAGACAGCUGAGCCAGCGAAGGGACACGGAUAUCCAAGAGAAGGGCGUGAAGUUGGAUGAUGCAUCGGAUACCUGGUCGAGCGAUGUCAGUAUGUGUAGGCCUCAGACGAGCCGAAGAAACGACGGUUCGAUUGUGUGA